AUGGCUCUGCUCGUUCAUUCGCCCGAUAUGUGCACAGCGAAGACCCUAAUCAACCCUAAUCCGAGUCCGAGGAACCUCAAGAACCCCAGCAGCGCCCUCAGGAAUGACGAUAGAGUGGUUUCGUCGAUGGCGAGAGUUAGGUUUGGGGUUAAGGAUCGGGAGGUGAAAGUUCCGGGGUUGAGUCACGAAGAUGCGAGGCUGUAUGGUCAGUUCUCGGCUCCCGUUGUGAAGCAAGGUUCGAAGCGGAGCAAUGAGGAAGAAGAGGAGAAGCAGAAUUACUACGUGAAUAUGGGGCACGCUAUCAGGACUCUGAGGGAGGAGCUGCCGGACCUCUUCUACAAGGAGCUAAGCUUCGAUAUCUACAGGGAUGAUAUCGUUUACAUAGAUCGUUUCAAUACCUUUGCUGGAAUUGAGAACUACAAAUCAAUGUUCUGGGCGCUGCGUGUCCUAGGGAGGGUGUUCUUCAGGGGAUUGUGGGUUGACAUCAUCAGCGUCUGGCAGCCUGUUGACGAUAUAAUCCUGAUCCGGUGGGUAAUACAUGGCAUACCACGGGUCCCAUGGGAGAGUCUGGCUCGUCUUGAUGGCAUCUCGGAGUACAAACUCGAUAAGAAAGGCAAGAUUUAUCAGCAUCAAGUAGACAACAUGGCGUUUAACUCGCCUCCUCACAAGUUCAGAGUGAUGGGUAUGGAGGAGCUGCUCCAGGCUAUUGGCUGUCCCUCAACACCAAGACCUACGUAUUUCGAGGCAUCAUCUGUAUCCCCCACAGAAGAACUCAUUAAGAGCGGGUAG